UUACUCACUUUUAAUAAAGACCAGGAAAAUCUGCUGAAAGAUGAAGAUGUGCUUAUAUGCAUGCUGUAUUGUCCUCUCUCUGUCUCUCACUCUCAGCCACUCAUGUCUGCUGACUAACUGCAGGAACAACAGGAAUGAUAUUCAGAUGCAAAGUGAAGAGACUUUUUUAAGAGCUAUUAAGUGUCAAGAUUACUGCUUGAGACAAUAUGGAGUCAAGCUACCAAAUGUGAGCAUAGUCAAUGUUUGGCCAACAAGGAAUGUCACGGAUCUACAAAACAAUUGCCGAAUAUAUCAAAAGGUGGAACAGUGUCAAUUGGGAUGUGUUAUCUCAAAGCUAUACACAGACUUGACUCCAAAUAAAUGCAGGAAUAAAUGCUACUCGCUGUGUAAGGAUAGUUGCAAUGGAGAGACCAGAUGUGCCAUACACGAUAACAGUUGCUCAAGAAAAUGUGGUAAAACAUUCUGCAAGAAAGGAUGCCUCCAUAAAGUUGAUAACAAUGGUUACAUACCACCUGUUCCAGUUGCUCCACCCAUAUUGAUGCAAACAGAAGAAGAAUAUGCAUAUGCAGUUACAUACAACCAAACAAAUGGAAUAAACAACAACAAUAACAACAACAGCGAGCCUGAUUGGGUAAACUUCCUCUUCAAAGUUACAGACAUAAAUGAAGGAAUAACUCAAUAUUACUGGCAGUCUGAUUUAACGCAGACGCUAAAAUUAACAGGAUUCUCGUGUCGUGCCGUUAAUGUAUCAGUAUCAGUGAUCAGUAGGAAUCAUCAGACACCUUAUUCACCUCCAGCUACACUUUGCAUCAAUAACGAGAAAUUUUAUCCAUCACAAAUAGCAGCUGAAACCAUUGUUCCUGCCUUUAGAGAGGACAAAGAACAUUCAAGCUUUGUAGAGAUAGAUAUCCAGUGGGAGGGACCAGAGACAAAUGCAGGAGCUGUGACUUCAUACAGUGUAUUUGUAUUAUCAACACAGGAAGAGUGUGGAGGCAUGAAUAAACUCUUCACAUAUAAUGAUAUUAAACAAAACAAUAUAUCAAUAAAGACUGAUGGAUCCAACCAGUUCCCAAGAUUUGGAUGCACUUAUCAUUUAAUAGUAAAAGCAUAUCCUUCAAGAGAUGACACAGAUGGAACUCAAGUCACAAUUAUACCAAAACUACCUGAAUUCAAUGGAUCAGUGGAAUUAAAUUGCUCCAGCGUAAGGAUUGGGGAUGGUCCAGUGAUACUAAUGGCUAACUGGAGUCACUCUGGAAACGAGGCCAUUAGUCAUUACCUGCUAGACAUAAAACAUGAGAAAGAAAUGAAGAUAAAAGCAAAUGUGAGUCAAAGCCAGUACAGAGUUUCAAAAAUUCUUUCAGACAUUCAAGACGACCAUAUUCAUGUUAACUUAUCAUCUCAAAAAAGAUCAGAUUAUUACUGGCGUCCAUUACCAUACCCAGCCUCAUGCAGCGUACAGGUUCCAGUACAUGUACCACUGGCUGUAUUAGUCGAUCAAAAAAUCGAUGAAUAUAAUAAUAAUAUAUCAUUCAAUAUCAGCUGGAGUACCAUUUCAUCUAAUAUCACUCAUAUUCAGCUCUUGAUCGGACAGAAUUUAAAUAUACCACAAUACUCAUACGUGAUAAAGGCACAAUUGAAAGAAUUCUUUAUUAGUAUUGAGAGAAACAAUGACGAUACUUAUCUAUGGGCAAGAAGCGUGCAAGAAGCAAUGGAGACCAGCUGGAACAAUCCCAUCAAAAUAAAGGGAAAAGGUUUGGAGUCUGACACAGAAGAGGGGUAGAUUAUCCACUAGCUCAGUAUAACUUGAGCAAAACAUUACCACAUUAUGACAUGUCUACACGUGACAUAUAAUUAAGUCAAUUUGUUACUGUGUGUAUUAUAUAUGUGAAUACCUUUAAACUGUCCAUUCCAUUCAUUUUAUUACAAAAUAAGCUUUAAUUGAUGAAGACAGCAAAACUGCA